AUGGCGGAAACUCACCCGCACGACACCCACCUGCCCUCCAUCACCGGGGCGGCAUCUUCAGAUAGCCCACCCGCAACCCCAGACGAGAUCCAGCUCUUUGGGCCGGAGUCAUCCUCCACGACACCCCCACCGGCGUUCAAGAGCCAGGAACCCACUCCCCAGAAUACUCUGAUGCAGCCGACCGCGACUGUGCACGAGCCGUCUCCAGAACGCCCGACGAGCCUCUCAGGGGCUUCCCCGUCGCCCCAGGAGGGUGUGGUCGAGGAGCAGAUCGCGCCCGAUCCUCGCGUCGCACCGCUCAAGGCGAUGUUCCCGGACAUGGACGACUCUAUACUACUGUCAGUGCUGGAGAGCGUUGGUGGCAACCAGGACCAGGCCAUCGACGUGCUCCUGGGCAUGUCGGACCCCGACUACGUCCCGCAGCAGCAUCCGCAGCAGCAGCCUGAACCGCCCAUGUCCCAGACCGACCUCGACGAACAGCUCGCUCGCAGACUGAUGCUAGAGGAACAAGAAGCUGCCGCAAGGCACUAUCAACAGGCGCAGCAGCGGAGAGACCCGCAGCGGCGCAGCACAAAUAUCGGCACGACGGGAGGCUAUGCGGAGGGAUGGUAUGGUCAGGAUAACCAGAACCAGGGCCAAGGCCAAGGACAGCGGGAUACGGUCGCCGAAUUCCAGGAGGCUGCUAACAAGAUCGCCGAGUCGGGGAAGCGCACGUUCAACAGCAUCGUGUCGAAGGUGCGCUCGAAGAUGCAGGAGUACAAUGAGGGCCGAACCAGUCCCGGCCAGCCCUCGAACCAGCAGCACGGCCAAGGCCAACAAUCCGCGCCCUACUACGCCCCGCAGACAGUCACCCAGGCCGACUGGAGCGCCGGCCAACCACGCACAAAUACGUACGGCCAACCCGUGGCCGCCAGUGGGUGGCAACCCCAGCCACAGUCGCAGCAGCCACAGAACAACGCCACGAACGCCGGUGGCGGACGAUGGCAGUAUGACUCCACAUCGGCACCCGCCGCCCCAGGGGGCCGGGGCUACGACGUGGACGACGACCCCGAGGAGUCGCUCUACCAGGACGCAGCUGCACCCGCUGUCCCGCCACACGCUGGAUCUGGAUCUGGAUCGCCGCCGCCCCCCGCCGGAUCUGGCGCGACGCCGGCUGCGCGCUCGAGUAUAGGCGCGAACCCGGGUUUCAGCACCCCGAGGACGUCGGUGGAGGGCGGCGGCGGCGGUGUGCCGCGUCCGCCGAGCACCGGUGCGGGGUCGCCGGGCUCGAUCGAUCCGAGUAAACUCGGGAUUCUGCCCAAGCGCCCCGUAUCGCUCCUGCGUACGGCUUCUCCGCCUGCUGCUAAUACGGCAGUAGUAGCGCCGCCGCCGCACAGGGGGGCGAGCGACGACGAGCUGGAGUAUGCUGAGAAUCCGUUCGAGGACCGCGGUUGAGGUUUUGCCAUGUCGUGAGCUGGAUCGAUGCGGGCUGAUUUGGGGGUUACUUAUUGCUAAGAUUAGUGGAGGUUGGGAUGGUCGAUGUUAUAGGAGGUGUAAGGCUUUGAAGGACUGAAUUGUAGAUUUUGACUCUGGCUGUAGUAGUGCACUUAUUUUUUGUUUGAUCGAUGAGGUAUCGGU